CUUAACCUCUCAUGUGAUCUCGUUUACUCUUUAAACUCUUUCACUUUCUCCAGCCCUAAAAUCCAUUUCCUCUGCAAAUUCCAUGAAUUUUGCCCUAGAAAUUGCGGAAGAAGCUAAAUUUUAGCUCAAAAAAUGGGACAUCAACUCCCACAGCGGCUCAAAGAAGCGGGCACGAAGCUUGAGAACCCUCCAUCAUCGAAGGAUUCACUCAUCAAGCUUCUAAAGCAAGCUGCCACUUGUCUCUCUGAGCUGGAUCAAUCACCAUCCCAAUCCUUAUUAGAGUCAAUGCAGCCAUGCCUCAAUGCUAUUGUGAAACCCGAACUUUUGAAACACUCAGACAAGGAUGUCAAGCUCCUCGUAGCGACUUGCAUAUGCGAAAUAACCAGAAUCACUGCACCUGAAGCGCCAUACAGUGAUGAUGUUCUAAGGGACAUAUUUCGGUUGAUUGUUGCUAUAUUUGGAGGAUUGGGUGAUACGAAUGGUCCAUCAUUUGGGAGAAGGGUUGCUAUUCUAGAGACUGUUGCGAGAUAUAGAUCGUUCGUUGUUAUGCUUGAUCUGGAGUGUGAUGAUUUAGUUAAUGAUAUGUUCAGAACCUUUCUUUCUGUUGCCAGAGAUGAUUAUCUAGAUAAUGUUUUAAUGUCCAUGCAAACAAUCAUGGUACUUCUUUUAGAUGAGAGCGAGGAUAUCCAGGAUGAGCUCUUGCUUGUUCUAUUGUCUGCCUUAGGUCGGGGGAAAGAUGAAGUUUCUUUGGCUGCAAGGAGAUUGGCUAUGAAUGUUGUAGAGCACUGUGCUGGAAAACUUGAGCCUUAUGUUAACCCAUUCCUUAUAUCAGCACUGUCGGGGGACAAGCAUUUUGUUGAUGAUGAGCUUGAUUAUCAUGAAAUCAUAUAUCAUAUAUAUCGUUGUGCUCCUGAGAUUCUUCAUGGGGUCGUCCCAUACAUGACGGGAGAAUUACUGACUGAUCAGCUUGAUGUUCGGCUGAAAUCAGUGAACCUACUCGGACGCUUGUUUGCUUUACCUGGACAUGUCAUCUCGCAAGCAUAUCUGCCACUCUUCUCUGAGUUUUUGAAAAGGCUAACCGAUAGAGUAGUGGAAGUGCGAAUAUCUGUUGUUGAGCAUGUUAAAGAGUGUCUUCUGUCAAACCCAUUUCGAACUGAAGCGCCUGAAAUUAUCUCUGCACUCAGUGCUCGACUGUUAGACUAUGAUGAAAAUGUUCGGAAAGAAGUUGUAGCUGCAAUUUGUGAUGUGGCCAAUUCUUCAUUAAAAUCUAUUCCAACUGAGACUAUUAGACUUGUUGCUGAGCGUCUUCGUGAUAAAUCUAUAGUUGUCAAAAGUUAUACCAUGGAAAGGCUAGCAGAAAUAUACCGGUUAUAUUGCCUGAAGGAUUCGGAUAAUUUAAUUGGAAAUGGUGAAUAUGACUGGAUUCCAGGAAAACUAUUGCGAUGCUUUUAUGACAAGGAUUUCAGAUCCAAAGAAAUUGAGAUUCUUUUGUCCGAUUCAUUGUUCCCGUUAGAGCUCUCAAAUAAAGAGAAAGUGAGACAUUGGGUGACGGCUUUUUCAAAAUUUGAAAAGGUUGAUGUGAAGGCUCUUGAGCAACUCCUGGCACAGAAGCACAGGUUACAGCAAGAGAUGCAGGCAUAUCUAUCUCUUAGACUGAAGCAUCAGGAUGAUGGUUCACCUGAGCUCCAAAAGAGAAUCUUAGGCUGCUUCAAAACCAUGUCUCGUUCAUUUAAGGAUCCUGUAAAGGCAGAGGAGUGUUUCGAAACUUUUAAUCAAUUGAAAGAUGCUAAUAUCUGGAAGAUUUUGACAACCCUACUUGAUUCUCAUACUAGUACUCACCAAGCUUCAACCGCCCGGGCUGACUUGCUUAUGAUCCUUGGUGACAAGCACCCUCUGUAUGAUUUCAUGAGAACACUCUCAAUCAAGUGUUCUUAUGAACCUUUCAAUGAGGAUCUUGUAGAAGAGAUCAUGUCGGAGGUUGUUAUGUAUAAAUCUUCAGGAGACGAGAAUCAGCAACUUGUUCGUGCUUGCAUGAAGCUUCUUGAGAUUCUUUCAGGUUUUUUUCCAUCGCUUUUCAAUGGUACAGAAGAAUCUUUGGUCCAUCUUCUCAAAGAAGAUGAUGACAACAUUAAAGAAGGUAUUGUGCAUGUUCUUGCAAAGGUUGGUGGAGUCAUCCGGGAUCAACUUGUUAAGACUUCCAGUUCAGUUGACCUUUUAUUAGAACGACUCUGUUUGGAGGGCACACGAAGGCAAGCCAAAUAUUCUGUUCCAGCCCUUGCUGCAGUAACUGAAGAUGAUGGACUUAAGGCACUCUCUGUACUAUACAAGAGGCUUGUGGAUAUGCUGGAGAAAAAACAAACACAUCUGCCUGCCAUACUUCAGUCAUUGGGCUGUAUAGCUCAGAUCGCAAUGCCAGUUUUUGAAACCAGAGAGGAGGAGGUUCUUGGGUUUAUACAAAACGAAGUUCUGAAUUGCAGUAAUACUUCUGAAGAUAUUUUGAAGAAAGAAUGGGAUGAAAGAAGUGACCUUUGUUUGCUGAAGAUAUAUGGUAUUAAAACUUUGGUAAUGAGUUAUUUACCUGCCAAAGACGCUCAGUUGCGGACCGGUAUUGAUAAGCUUUUAAGGAUGCUAAAAAACAUUCUAACCUUUGGGGAGCUUUCUGAGGAUAUUAAGUCGAGUGAAGUGGAUAAAGCUCAUUUAAGACUUGCUUCAGCAAAAGCAGUUUUACGUUUGUCGAAACAUUGGGAUCAUAUAAUACCUGUUGAUGUUUUUCAUUUAGUCUUAAGAACUGCACAGGAUGGUUACCCUCAGGUUAGGAAUCGAUUCCUCAGCAAGGUACAUCAAUAUUUGAAGGACAGGGUUGUGGAUGGAAAGUAUGCCUGUGCCUUUCUGUUUGGCAUAUUCGGAUCCACUGACUUUAAAGAGGACAGGCAUAAUAUAGUUGAAAUAGUUGAUAUGUAUCGACGUGAAGUGAAGGGGCGGCAUGUUUUUCUGCAAUCCAAUGGGAACCUGCAGAUAGCUUAUCCAGAGCAUAUUCUCUCAUAUUUGGUCCAUGCUCUUGUGCAUCAUCCUGCAUUCCCUGGGGUUGAGUGUGUUGAUGUUAAAGAAUUUGAACCAGUUUACCGGGUGUUGCAAACAUUUCUCUCUUCUCUGGUCUCUCAAGGAGAGGGACAAUACGAGACUAGUGCUGGAAAGAAACAAGAGAGCUUGUCUGCAAUAAUGUCAAUAUUUCAUGGUAUCAAGUGUUCAGAAGAUGUGGUUGAUGGAAGUAAGUCAAAGAAUGCACAUGCAAUAUGUGAUCUUGGCCUGUCUAUAGUGAAGCAUUUAGUGGGCAAUGAAGUGGAGUCUACAUGCUCUUCUCAAUCUAUUUCACUUCCUUCAAUGCUCUAUAGGCCUGUUGUGAGGAAUGAAGGUGAUGAUUCCCAGGCCAGUGAGGAGCAGCAACUUUCAUGGUUGGCUGGUGAUGAUGUCGUAGCUCAGUUGCAUUCUCUGUUUUUAGAGAAUGAAGAGAGAGUUAAAUCUGAAGUGACCAAAGAUGGGGAAAAUCUAAUGAGCAGUGAUAAAUACGAGACAGAAGUACCUCUGGGAAAGAUAAUGAGAAUUCUAAAAGCACAUGGGACUAAGAAAAAGAAUAAAAAAGAACAUGACACUCAGAAGAAGAAUGAAGUAGCAGAAAUUUUACCUGCUGAAAGAGAAAAUUUAGAGACUGAUAUAGACAUUUUGGGUGUUAUUAAGGAAAUGGGAUUGGACAGUCUGCAAGAAGCAAAGAGCUUAGAAGCUGGAAAAAUUUCAGACAGUCUAGAAGACCAAGCAAAUGAAGGGAUUGCUGGUGAGGAUAAAGGUAAAGAAUCACAUUUUGUUAAGAAAAACGUGAAAACCAAGAAAUCAAAGGCCUCUAAGAGAGGUCCUAAAUCAAGAAAACGACAUUCUCAGGAUGUUUUGAAUGAGACUGAUGAUCACUCUCAUGUGGGAAAAGAAUUAAUUUUGGAGGAAGAUAAGUCAGAACCAGAUAACCAUUUUGAUUUAUCGCCCUCAUGUUUGCCAACUGACGAGAAAUCUUCAACAAAAUCCAAAGCUAAAGGUUCUUCAAAGAGAUUGAAGGGAAAUCUAGGUGCAAUUGGUGAUGCUGGCAAUGGUUCAAAGGAUUCCACUAAAAUACAUGACUCUGAUAAGAAGAUUAGGAAACGAAAAAGGAAGAGUAUUACAGGAUUGGAGAAGCCUAGUUUGAUGAAUGCUAGCAAACGUGAUUUGGAUUUGAUUGGACGCAGAAUACAAGUUUGGUGGCCCAUGGAUAAAGAGUUCUAUCAAGGUGUUGUGCAAUCAUAUGAUCCAGGAGCAAAGAAACACCUGGUACUAUAUGAUGAUGGGGACGUCGAAAACCUUAGGUUGGAUAAGGAGAUAUGGGAUUAUGUUGAGGAGGAUCAAACUUCGGAAAAGCAGUCAGAUGCAGCUCCAAGCCUAAGCCUCUCCACCGACACGGCAUUGGAGAGGAAAGUAAAGAAGGCGAAGACUUCAGCUGUAUCAAAAGAAAAGAAGCAUGUAGCUGAGAAGUCCUCAAAUCCAAGAGGUAGAAAGAGAAGAAAUCCUGGGAAGAAUAGGAGUAAUGGUGUUAGAAUAUCAGAAGACACAAAUUCUCACGAUGUAGAAAGAAGAGGUAGUUCUGAUGUUGAGAAUGCAGAGCAGCAGCCUGAUUCUGAUGGUGAAGAAGAGAAUUCAGAUGAUUCUGGAAACAAGAAAGAAAGUGUCGCUCAAGCUGAAAAACAAAUGGAAGAAAGCGAAGACCAGCCCAAUUCACUGAAAGAAGAGAGCAUAUCUGAAGAAGAAAAGGUGGACGGCACUGAGAGUGCGAAGGAUUCUCCACAAGAACAGAGUGUCUCUGAAGAUGAAAAUGGGGCUGGCACAGAAAGUGCCAAAGGUUCAGGAGACUCUGACAAUGAGCCAUUAAGUAAGUGGAAAUUGCGAGCUGGGAAGGCUGUCUGAGGUUUUGAAAUUAGACAGCUACCAUGAGAAACAUCUUUGGACUGUGACGUAGCUCCCGCAGCCAUUGAUUGACUUGAGCUUCUCGCUUUCUAUUGAUCAUCUUUAUCUCUGCUGAAGCCAAUCACAGGUAAAGCUACUGUACAAUGUAAAUAAUUCAAUGGGAGGAGCAAAACUCGGCCUUGUUGCUUGGGUUGUAUUAUGUACUGCUAUAUAAUUUUAUCAUCUUCCCUUUAAUGGAAGCCCAUUGUGUUAUGGUUAAGAGAAAUGCAUUUGUCACCCUAGUUCACUGAAAAGGUGAUCAUGGCAGGUAGUUUGUAUUCGACAAAAUGGUUUAGGCUUGUAUUUUAAUAUAAUAUGGAAACAAUUUUGAAGUGGACUUAGA